AUGCGACCAUCGCCCCAUGGCCUCACCUGCCGCCUCGACGCGCCGGCGAAGCUGAAUCUCUGCCUGGAGGUCCUGGGCAGGGGGAGCGACGGCUUCCACCAGCUGCGGACGCUGAUGGCAACGAUUGGCCUCCGCGAUACUCUCGAGAUAACAGCGACCGGCCAGGGCGAACCGAUCCGCCUGGAAGUCCUCGGCCACCCCCGCCAGACUGCCGGCGUGCCGACCGACGGCCGCAACCUCGUGGUGCGUGCGCUAGAGUUGCUUAGAGACGAGGCGGGCGUCGAUCGCGGCGCCGACGUGCGGCUGGUGAAGCGGAUUCCCAAUCAAGCCGGCCUCGGCGGGGGGUCGAGCGACGCGGCGGCCGCCCUGCUGGCCGCGGCCCGGGUGUGGGAACUCGAUUGGUCGCAGGAACGUAAAAUAGAGAUAGGCUCGCGGCUCGGAAGCGAUGUCCCGUUUUUUGUCGGUGCGAUCGGAGAUCGCUCGUGGCGCGCCGCGUUGGCGACCGGACGGGGUGAGCGGAUUCAACCCACGCCGUUCUCAGCGGGCAUGCCCGUCGUCGUGGUGAAACCCGACGCCGGCCUAGCGACCGCGGCGGUUUACCAGGCAUGCCAGCCAGCCGACUACGCCCCCGCCGACGACCCCGACCGGACGCAGAGCGUCGCCGCGGCCCUUGCCGUUGGAGACUGGCGCCGGAUGGCGGCCUGGAUGACCAACGGUCUGCAGCACGCUGCGGUGCGGCUCGCGCCGUGGCUCGACAGGGUCCGGUCGGCCUUCGAUCGGUGCGGUUGUGCGGCUCAUCAGCUUUCGGGGAGCGGUUCGGCUUACUUCAGGCUGUUUCCGACGAUGGGGCAGGUACGCAUCAAGUUGAUGGAUGAACCGGGCGAACGCCUCCGCGCGUUCUGCUCGAUCACAUUCGACGACUGCUUUGUCGUCCGCGAUCUUAAGAUCAUCGAGGGCACAAGCGGCUUGUUCGUCGCCAUGCCCAGCCGCAAGCUCACCGCUCACUGCGGCAAGUGCGGCAUGAAGAACCACCUCCGCGCGCACUACUGCAACCAGUGUGGCGGGCGGCUCAAUGAAAGCCGGGUCAUUAAAGACGCCGACGGCCGCACCAAGCUCUACGCCGAUAUCGCGCACCCGAUCAACUCCUCCU